AUGUUGCCAGCAGGAGAAAUUGCAGGUAUCCAUUUCCUCCCCCAGGAAAUCCCCUGUUUUCCCCUGCCUCACCAAUCCUCCCCUGCCUCCUCCUCUGCCGCCAUCAACAGAAUCCUAUCCAGCAGUUUCCAGGCGAACCACCACCACCACGACUACUUCGUCCCGCCGCCGCCCUGCCCCUACCCAAACUACAACUCCUCCAACGGCACCUCCGACGAGGCCGACGAGCAGCAGUCGAGGAUCGUCGACGAGAGGAAGCAGAGGAGGAUGAUCUCCAACAGGGAGUCCGCCCGCCGAUCCAGGAUGCGCAAGCAGAAGCACCUCGACGAGCUGUGGUCCCAGGUGCUCCGCCUCCGCGCGGAGAACCACGCCCUGCUCGACAAGCUCAACCACGUCUCCGACCGCCACGACCGCGUCGUCGAGGAGAAUGCCCGCCUCAAGGACCAAGUCUCCGGCCUCCGCCACAUGCUUACCGACUUACCCAUUGGGAGCCCCUACGACAAUAACAAUAAUACGGCCAUUGCUCACGGGGCAGAGUCCUCUUCAUCCGACCAAUCCAUCCCCACUUCUUCCGUAGACUUGCUUCUUUAA